AUGGAGAAGGAUAUGGAAUCUGAAGCUUUCUACAGCCUCAGCGCACGGAAAUGGGAUGGAAGCAAGGUUGACUUCGAGACAUUUAAGGGAUGUGUGCUGAUAAUAGUCAAUGUUGCAUCAUCCUGCAAGCUUGCUGAGAGCAACUACAAGAGCUUUGUAAACCUCCUUUCCAAAUUUUACAAGAAGGGACUAAGGAUUCUUUUGUUUCCUUGUAAUCAGUAUCUCAAGCAAGAGUCGAAACCCAUUGAAGAGAUACACGAAGGUAUAGUCAAGAAGUAUUCUGACAAGUUUGAGAUUUUCGAUAAGAUCGAUGUUUUUGGGGAAGAAAUUCAUCCUGUGUUCAAACAUCUCAUCAAUACAAAGAAUGGAAAGGGAAUACUUGGGAAAUUUAUCAAGUGGAAUUUCACAAAGUUCCUUAUUGAUCGUCAAGGACAUGUUGUCAAAAGGGUAGGGCCCAUCGGAAUUGUUAAAGAGGACGACAAGUGUCUUCUGAAUAGUAUCGAGGAUGAUGGAAGAGAGUGA